AUCGUUCAUUCUGGAUCAAUCUAACUUACUAUUUAAGCUGAGUUUUUUGUUAAGAGCUGUCAUUAAAAAGUAACUCAACUAAAACUCAUUAACUUGGUUUGCUGAUUUUAAAUUCAAUCAACUUAACUAAUUUACGAAAUGAUUAAUCUUGACAAUAAAGUCGCUUUAAUUACUGGUUCUAGUGAUGGAAUCGGAAAAGCAGCAGCUGUACUCUUUUCAUCAUUAGGUGCUAAAGUGGCCAUAGUGGGACGUGAUCAAACUAAACUGGAUCAAGUAGCCUCUGAAUGUGAAGCCAAAUCACCUCACAACUACAAGCCUGUUGUUAUCAAAGCUGAUUUCACGAGAGAUGAAGAUGUUGUACGAACUUUUGAAGAGACGAUUUCUGCUUACAAACAUUUAGAUAUAUUAGUUAAUAAUGCUGGUCUUGGUGGUACUAAAGACAUAAGAGAUCCUGAUUAUAUUCAUGAUUAUGAUCGAGUUCAACAAGUUAAUGUUCGAUCUGUUGUCCGUUUAACUGAACUGUCUAUUCCUCAUUUGGUUAAAUCUAAAGGAUUGAUUGUCAAUGUUAGCAGUGUUGUAGCUGUGAAACCGAGUGAAAAAUUCUGGUACUAUUCUAUGUCUAAAGCUGCUCUUGAUAUGUUUACAAAAACAAUGGCACUUAAACUGGCUCCACAUGUUCGAGUAAACUCGGUCAAUCCUGGUCCAGUACGAACUAGGUUUUUGUCACCACUUGUACCUGAUACAAAUACUGUGUAUGAAGAUAUGGACAAACGACAACCUCUAGGACGAGUUGGGGAUCCAAAUGAAAUUGCAAAUGUAAUUGCCUUUCUCUCAUCUGAAGCCUCAAGUAACAUGACUGGAUCAAUAGUCUUCUCUGACUCAGGCUAUCUGCUUGCGGAAUAAAUUAUGAUACUUGUAGUUGGAUUGAAAUGGUGUAAAUCCGCUUACAAAAAUGAUAGAAUUUGCAUUAAUCUAGAAAUGUAUCUUUACAUUAUUGAAUCAAUAAAGUGAACUU